AAAAAUGGUGAAUGCAAUAAAAAUACCUAUAAGAGGGUGCAACAUGUCUGUGGUAUUACUUGGUAUGUUCUCCAAUCUUAAGAACCACAAAAAUGGAGGAGAGUGGUAUGGAAUAAAAUCAAGCCACCCUAUGAAGAAAAGAACCUCGAACCACUCACGCCAUCCGUGAAGGAAGGAACAAUUGACAAAGUUGUUUGGUGAUACCUUUUGUGGAGAAGUAUGCAUGGCUUUGUAAUAUUAUUUGCUUUCACCUGAAGAACUAAUGUUCUUUGCGCAAAGCAUCAUUAGAAGACAACUACAAGGAAAGUAUUUAACAAGAUAAACCCUUAAGGCUUAUAAAUAUUGAUGUUGAUAUUCUAAGCUGGACACAACAACAACCUGCCUCUCAUCACUUUCAUCAUCCCACAAACACAUAUAGUAUUCCUGAAAGAAAGACAAAAAAAAUGGCUGAAGGAGCUCUCUUCGACCUUGCCAAGAAAGUCCUUGAAGUGGUGGGUUCCUUAGCUCUCCAAGAGAUCAAGUUGGCCCAUGGUGUCAAAGCUGAGCUUGAAAAUUUAAAGAGCACAGUUUCCACAAUCAAAGAUGUACUUCUUGAUGCUGAAAAGAAGGCUGGUGAUAGUGUUGCGGUCAAAUGUUGGCUCGAAAAGCUUAAAGAUGUCCUCCAUGAUGCAGAUGACGUGCUGGAUGAUUUCUCCACUGAAGCUUUGCAACACAAAAUGAUGGCUGGAAAUAAGAUGACUAAGGAGGUACGCAUUUUCUUUUCAAGUUCAAACCAGCUUGCUUUUAGUCUUAAGAUGGGUCAUAGAAUAAAGGCAACUAGGAAGAGACUAGAUGUCAUUAAAAAUGAAAUGAUGAAGUUCUCCUUUAUAAAAGGCUCCAUCGAGCCACAAGUCAAGAAUAGGGAUAGGGAAACUUAUUCUUUUGUACUUCAAGAAGAAGUAAUUGGGAGAGAGGAUGAUAAACAAGAAAUUAUAAAAUUUCUUUUGCAUACCAAUGUUGAAGAUAAUGUUUCAAUUAUUCCAAUAGUUGGAAUUGGAGGCCUAGGGAAAACUACACUAGCUCAACUCAUUUACAAUGAUGAAAAUGUCAAAACACAUUUUGAGCCGAAGUUGUGGAUUUGUGUAUCUGAUAACUUUGAUGUAAAACAAAUUGUUAAACAAAUUUUAGAAUCUUUAAAAUUAAAAGAAGAGAGCCAUGAAGAAAACCUUGACAAUUUACAAAACCACCUUCGAGAAAAACUUAAUGGAAAAAAAUACUUCCUUGUCCUGGACGAUGUCUGGAAUGAGGACAGAGAUAAAUGGCUCCUCUUGAAAAAUUUAUUAGUAGGUGGUGCAAGCGGAAGUAGGAUACUGAUAACCACACGUUCCGAAAAUGUAGCAAAGAUAACUGCCACAAAUUCGUGGUAUUCUCUAAAAGGUCUACCUAGAGAAAAGGCUUGGAGUUUGUUUGUAAAAAUGGCAUUUGAACACGGUCAAGAACCAACAAAAAAAUUCUCAGAAAUAGGAAAUAAGAUUGUUGAAAAGUGUGAUGGAUUACCUCUCGCUAUAAGAACAAUAGGAAGCCUAUUGUAUCUCAAAACUUCUGAGAUUGAGUGGCAAUCAUUCUUAGAUAAUGAACUCUUAAAAAUAGGUCAACAAGAAAAUAAGAUCUCAUCAACUCUUAAGUUGAGUUAUGAUCAUCUUCCACCACACUUGAAGCAAUGUUUUGCUUAUUGUCGAUUGUUUCCAAAAGAUGAUAGGAUUGACGUAUACACACUUAUUAAUCUUUGGGCAGCACAAGGAUUUAUUGUUUUAGUAGGUCCAAAGCAGCGUUUUGAGGAUGUUGGUAAAAAAUAUUUUACGGAAUUACUUUGGAGGUCAUUUUUCCAAGAUGUAGAAAAUGAUAAAUGGGGCAAUAUAAAAUCGUGUAAAAUGCACGAUCUCAUGCAUGAUCUUGCAAGUCUUGUGUCUGGAACGGAAAGUGCCGUAUUAAAUUCAAGUGGGGAAAAUGAUAUUGAAAAAGUUCGUCAUGUAUCAUUUAAUUUUAUGGAUUCACCAAUGCAAUUUUCGACCCCCAUGCCUGAUGGAAGGAAGAUACACACAGUUCUAGUAUUUCAUUUAUGGUGGAAUUUGAAUAAUUUAAAUUGUGAUGCAUUAAUUUCAAAUUGUAAGUAUCUACGUGCAUUGGAUUUGAGUAAUCUACGACUACUUGUAGUGCCACGUUCAAUUGGGAAAUUGAAGCAUUUAAGAUACCUUAAUCUUUCUGGAAAUGGAAUUGAAAUUCUCCCUGAUUCCAUUACUAAGAUGCUGAAUUUGCAAACACUGAUACUACGAGGUUGUGAAUUGCUUAGAGAAUUACCCAAGGGCAUUAAAAAGUUGGUCAAUCUCAGGUUUCUAGAUGUUACAGGUUGCAGCCGCAAAUUGACUAAUAUGCCCCUUGAAAUCGAACACCUUACUUGUCUUGAGACGAUACUACCAGCGGUUGUUGUGAGAAAGGAAGGUUCUGGGGCUAGCUGUAGUGGUUUGUAUAAGAAAAAGGGGGCCAAGUCCAAUGGUGGGCCAAGUCAAUUAAAGGAACUACACAACUUGGGAGGGAAAUUAAUAAUUGAAAAUCUGGGAUAUGGAAAGGAUGACGUGUCGGAAUAUAAAGAUGCAAAUUUAAAGGAGAAACAUCACCUUCAACAUCUGGAAUUACAUGCUUAUCAAAAAAAACAUCUGGAAUUACAUUGGGGUUGGUCGGAUGGAGAAUGCGAAUGUGAUGAAAUACUGGAAGAGCUCCAGCCACAUCCAAAUCUUAAAGCGUUGGAAUUGGUGAAUUAUAUGGGUGUGAGAAUUCCAAGUUGGGUCUCUUCUCUCACUAAUCUUCUUCAUUUUGUAUUAUAUGAAAAUAGGAGAUUGCAGCACCUCCCACCGUUAAAUCAACUCCCUUUUCUCAAGGUCGUCUCUCUUUAUGAAAUGGAAGCACUUGAAUACAUUUCAGAUGAAGACAGUGUUAGUAACGUGUUGGGUGCUUCCUCUUCUUCUUCUUCUUCAAAAACACCAUUCUUCCCAUCCUUAUCUUCUCUUACAUUAUAUGAUUGCCCAAAACUGAAGGGAUGGUGGAGGAAUUCAGAUGAUGAUGAUAAUGAGCCACACCAUCUCUUACUUCCAUCAUUUCCUCCUUCUCUUUCGGAAUUAUAUAUUUCCGAAUGCCCUAACCUGACUUCCAUGCCCCCGUUUCCAUAUUUGAAAGAAAGUCUGUCCUUGUGGAGCUGUAGCUGGAAGGUAAUGGAGCAGACAAUGAAAAUGAAAAUGAAAAUGGGAGCAGCAACCACAUCAACCUACUUUCCUCUCUCUCAAUUACAGCAAUUACACUUACGUCAGAUGAAUGAUUUCGAAUCUCUUCCAGAGGAGUGGCUUCGGAACCUCGUUUCUCUCCGGGAACUCUCUAUACAAUGGUGCGAUGGAUUGGUUUCUCUCCCUUGGAUAGGCAUCCUCACAUCACUACAAACCCUUGAAAUUUGGGGAUGUCACAAUCUGACGUCACUUCCUCAAGAGAUUCGCAAUCUCACCUCUUUAAAAGAGUUGAGAAUUUCGCAUUGUCCCCUCUUAGGGCAAAGAUGUAAGAGGCAAAUAGGUGAAGAUUGGCCCUUCAUUGCCCAUGUCCCAACCGUACUAGUGGAUUGGCAGAACCAGCAAGAAGAAACAAUUUCUUCAGAAUCUGGGUCAGAUUCAGUUUGUUAACAAUUCGAGAGGAGGACUUAAUCUAUCAAUUACCAUUGCAGGAAUUAGCUUAUUUUGCAGGUUAUUUUGUCAAUUUCUCUGCCUCCUAAAGUCGUAGUCCUUUCUGCAUUUGGUUGUGAAGUCCUUGUAAUCUUGAGGCAGCAGCACAUCUGUUCAUUUUUAAUCAGUGGGGACCAAAUACAGUCCCACAAAAAUGAGUAGGAGAGAAUAUUGGAUAGAAGUUGGAAUCUGAUGGCAUCUUUAACUACUUCAGAAUCGUAGCAGCUUUGGUAGAAUUUUGAAGGGAGGAACAUGACCAAGCAACAAUAACUCAAUGGGGAAUCAGCUUACUAUAAAGUCUCUGUUCAAACAAUGGGCAACAUGAUGCAUGUUCUUUUUUAUAAUCAUUGGAAAGUAGAGGGGGCAAGCAGUGUAAUGGAUGGAUAGAGUGUAUGGAGUUUUUAGGCCAAAGAGAGGUAGGAGGAAGGAUGGCUGAGCUGUGAUGGGUAAGAGAGGCAAUUUGAUUAAAUGUCCCAGACUGGAAGGUAUUGGAGCAGACAAUGAAAAUGAGAGCAACCACAUCAACCUACUUUCCUCUCUUUCAAUUAGAGGAUUUAGAAUAAUAUCAGAUUAAUGAUUUAAAAUCACUUCUAGAGGAGAGGCUGCAGAACCUCAUUUCUCUCCGGGAACUCUAUAUAAAAAGGAAAGAUGGACUGGGUUCUCUCCCUUGGAUAGGCAUCCUCACAUCACUACUAAGUCUUAACAUUUGGGAAUGUCCCAAACUAAUGUCACUUCCUCAAGGGAUUCACAAUCUCACCUCUUUACAAGAACUAGGAAUUGAUAAUUGUCCCAAUCUGACGUCACUUCCUCGAGGGAGUCGCAAUCUCACCUUUAAAAAAGUUGGAAAUUCUUGAUUGUCCCCUCUUACGGCAAAGAUGUGAGAGGCAAACAGGUGAAGAUUGGCCAUCAUAGCUCAUGUCCCAUAUGUGCAUGUGGAUGGUCUGAUCAACCAAGAAGAAACAAUUUCUUUAGAAUCAGAAUCAGAGUCAAAGUCAGUUUGUUAACGCUUAGAGAGGACAUAAUCUAGGUCUACCAUUGCAGGAAUUAGCUUAUUUUGCAGGUUGUUACGCUUAAAACAACACCCAGGUUUUAGAACUUUUCGUUUUUCCAGUGGUUGGUAAUUUGACACUUUCUCUCUCUUCUAAAGCCGUGGCCCUUGGUUUUGAAUUUGGCCGUGGAGUCCUAUGUGAACAUGAGGCAGCAAACAUGAGUAUAGGAGGGAAAGAGUUGAAUCUGAUGGUGUCUUUAACUACUUAAGAACAAAUUAAGGCAACAACUAACCUGGCGCAAAAUUUGGACUCUAUUCAAAACUUUCUGGCCCUGAAAUUGUGCAACAAGUCAUGGACUCAAUGUGGUUUAAUCUUUUGGAUCUUGUGGCACCUGCCACUGCUACAGCCUCUACCUCAUCUCCAAAUAUAUCAAGAUACUUCAUAACUUCCAUUAUUGUAUGAAUGAAAACUGAGCAUCCAAUUACCUUGUUAUUCCAGUUGGGAUGAAGGUCACUUCAACAAUUUCUUUGAAGUAAGUGCAAAUUGUGAAGUUGAUCCUAUCUUUGUGUACUAUAGAGAGUAAAGAAAAGGGAGAAUUUUGGUUGAAUUCCACUUUGAGGAUUAUUAAUCAAGGAAGAAUUGGUGAUUGAAGCUUUGUCCUAUUGUAUUCUAUUUAGAAGCAAGUUUUGAGAAGCCUUCAGAAAAGGCAAAUUUGAGUUCAAAUAAAAGCUGUUUCAGUUUCAGCUCCCAAUGUUACACUCAUCCUUUGCCCAUAUGUUUGCUGGAGUUCUCUUGGAUUUUUUUUUGGUCCAACUUAAUUCGGUAAGAUACUUGGAGCCUCUGUUCUCAUUUUGCAGACUAAUUGUUUCAAUGUUGGAUAGCUGUUCUUUUGGGUUAUUAGAGUGCAAAAUAGAGAUGGCGGUUCCAUUGAGCACACAACUUGUCUCAGCUCCUUUUCCAUGAGAGGGAUAUCAGCCAUUAUAUGGUUGUGAAGUUAACCAUUGGAGGGUCAUCAAAAGGGGAUUGUUCAACAUUAAUAGAGAGCAAAUUUUGUAUUAAGUCUAGAAUUUGAUCUAUUACAAGGAAGAUGGUUAAGAUCGCUCAUGAUAAUGUGGAUUGGUCAUUUGUCCUUCUUUGGAAAAGUAUUAGUCAUCUUCAACAGUAGCGCCAGAGAAUGAGAACAGUUGAACAGAUUCAUUCAUUUCAUUAGGAAUGCUGAUUUUGCAAUUCUCAACUUGUUUAAUGUUGCUGUUGGUUAGACUAUCAAAUAUUUCAUUUCUUUUUCAAAUUGUAUGAUUUGGGUGGCCAGCUUUGUUCUGCACUUUCGUGUGAACCAGUUUAUCGGGCUGUUCUUUGCUACCUGGAUUUGAUUAUAGCUAGGCUGCUCUCCAUAGUCCAUACUUGUAUGUCAAUUUAUGUUUUGUAUUAUUAUUUUUAUAUGGUGAAGGAAUAUUCCAGAAAGAAUUUUUUUUUUU